CCGGAAGAGGCGGGGACGUCACGCAUCACGCGGGGGGCGGGAGUUGACAGACGGUCUCCGGCUGGAUUUCGGCGGCCCCGGAACCGUGGAAGAGGUUGCCGAGGGCCGCUACGAUGCCCUCCCCGGAGCGGGUCAGUCAGCUCCUGGACCUAUGCCUUUGGUGCUUCAUGAAGAAUAUUUCCAGAUUUAUCACAGACAUUAAGCCUUUGCCACCCAACAUAAAAGAUAGACUGAUUAAAAUAAUGAGCGUGCAAGGGCAGAUAACAGAUUCAAAUAUAAGUGAGAUUUUACAUCCUGAAGUCCAAACUCUAGAUCUCCGAAGCUGUGAUAUUUCAGAUACUGCUCUCCUGCACCUAUGUAACUGCAGAAAACUGAAGAAGUUAAAUUUAAAUUCCUCAAAAGAAAACAGAAUUUCCAUCACUUCAAAAGGAAUAAAAGCUGUGGCUUCAUCUUGUUCAUAUCUGCAUGAAGCUUCUUUGAAAAGAUGCUGCAAUCUCACUGAUGAAGGAGUUCUUGCUCUUGCCUUCAAUUGCCGUCUGCUAAAGAUCAUUGAUUUAGGAGGCUGCUUAGGGAUUACUGAUGUGUCCUUGCAGGCAUUAGGAGAAAACUGCCCACUUUUGCAGUGUGUUGAUUUUUCAGCCACUCAGGUAUCUGACAGCGGCGUGGUUGCACUUGUUAGGGGACCUUGUGCCAAGAAAUUAGAGGAGAUUCAUAUGGGACACUGUGUGAAUCUGACUGAUGAGGCUGUAGAAGCUGUCCUUACUUGCUGUCCUCAGAUAUGUAUAUUACUCUUCCAUGGAUGCCCCCUGAUAACAGAUCAUUCACGAGUAGUCUUGGAGCAAUUAGUUGGACCAAACAAACUAAAGCAAGUAACAUGGACUGUGUAUUGAAGCUUAUUGAAGUUUAUCAGAACUAUGAUCUUCACACUACUUUUCUGGGAAACAAUGAUCUUAGACAUUGGCUUUCCAGUAAUAUGAUUUAUGCUUCGAAGUUAUGCAAGCUCUUAAACGUGUUAAUAGUGCUGUUAUUUCUAUGUUUGUUUCAUCGGCAAUUGUUCCUGAAGUGGUAAUCCUAGCAUGCCCUCAGAUAUAUUUGGGGAGGAUACUGUGUUUGUUUGUUAAAUAACGAAGUUGUAAAUUACUUGUUUUCCCUGGAGAUUGCCUUCUCCUACCUAGAUAUCUGAGCUGCUACAAGAGAAAUUUACCAGUAGGGUAAACAUUAGGAGAAAUCGAAGUAAAGUUAUUUCUAAAAGCAUAA